CAUCUUUACGCUGAGGUUCAUGAUAAAAACUGGUGGUUGCGCGUUAGCAUUCAUGAUGGCAUCGCGAAAAAUUCCCUCCCAAUCAGUAAAAACAUCAUUUAUUUGAUAUACUUUACAAAUUCUGAACAUUUAUUGUGCAGUAAUAUUAAACGUGAACAUAAAGAAUUUAUAGUACAGGGCUUGUUGAAAACUUUCAUGUGUCGGCAAAUCGAAGAAUGUAACUUAAAAGGAAAAUAUGUGAAUUCAUUAGAGCAAUUAUUAUUACAUCAAAAAUCUCAAGGAAUUUACAGUCAAUAUCGAUUAAAUCAAGUUGAUAAUAGCCCACUAGAACAUACUUCAAAAAAACACAAAACAGAUGACAAUGCUGUAGAUGAUAAUAAUUUUGGACCCAAUGAACAACCAUCCCUUGAUUUUGUAGAGAUCAAG